AUGUACCAGGAGCAGAAGGAGAAGGGAAGCCGCCGCCGCCGCGCCGCGAUGCCGGUGGCGGGGCGCGGGCAGCCCGCCUCCUGGCUGCUGGUGCUGGGCGCCGCCGCGCCCGCCCUCUGGCUGCGCUGCGUGCUCGCCGACUUCACGGUGGACAACGAGGUGCACUCCAGCUUCAUCCACCGGCGGCUGCGCGGCCCCGAGCGCCGCGAGAUGCAGCGGGAGAUCCUCUCCAUCCUCGGCCUGCCGCACCGCCCGCGGCCGCACCUCCACGGCAAGCACAACUCGGCCCCCAUGUUCAUGCUGGACCUUUACAAUGCCAUGUCCGUGGAGGAGGGGGCGGCGGGGGCCGCCGCCGAGGACGGCGAGGGCUUCUCUUACCCCUACAAGCCCAUCUUCAGCACCCAGGGGCCGCCUCUGGCCAGCCUGCAGGACAGCAACUUCCUCACCGAAGCUGACAUGGUCAUGAGCUUCGUCAAUUUGGUGGAGCAUGACAGAGAGUUUCACCACCAGCGCUGCCACUACCGAGAGUUCAGGUUUGAUCUCUCGCGGAUCCCGGAGGGGGAGGCGGUGACGGCGGCUGAGUUCCGCAUUUACAAGGAUUACAUCCGCGAGCGCUUCGACAACGAAACCUUCCAGAUCAGCGUCUACCAGGUCCUGCAGGAGCACCCGGGAAGGGAUUCAGAUUUGUUCCUGCUGGACUCCAGGACGAUCUGGGCUGCAGAGGAAGGGUGGCUGGUGUUCGACAUAACCGCGACCAGUAACCACUGGGUGGUGAAUCCCCAGCACAACCUUGGCCUGCAGCUCUCCGUGGAAGGCAUUGAUGGACAAAGCAUCAACCCCAAGCUGGCGGGGCUGAUCGGGAGGCACGGCCCCCAGAACAAGCAGCCCUUCACCGUGGCCUUCUUCAAGGCCACCGAGGUGCACCUGCGCAGCAUCCGCUCCACGGGGGGCAAGCAGAGGAGCCAGAACCGAUCCAAAACACCAAAGAACCAGGAGGCAUUCCGGGUCUCCAACAUUGCAGAGAACAGCAGCAGUGACCAGCGACAGGCCUGCAAGAAACACGAGCUCUACGUCAGCUUCAGGGACCUGGGGUGGCAGGACUGGAUCAUCGCUCCGGAGGGCUACGCUGCCUAUUACUGUGAAGGAGAAUGUGCUUUCCCCCUGAAUUCCUACAUGAAUGCUACCAACCAUGCCAUUGUACAGACACUGGUUCACUUUAUAAACCCAGAGACUGUGCCGAAACCCUGCUGUGCUCCUACACAACUCAACGCCAUCUCAGUGCUCUAUUUUGAUGACAGCUCCAAUGUUAUCUUAAAAAAAUACAGGAACAUGGUGGUACGAGCAUGUGGCUGCCACUAGAUCUGUAGGACAGAGAAAGAGAGAGGAGUUAUUUGUAAAGAGUGGGUUUGUGUGGCUGUGUGGGGUUGGGGGAAAAGUUGAUGCUCCAGCCAUGGGUUUAAAAAAGUCCCAAACCAUUUUAGGACCAGGCCUCUGAAAGUUCAGACAAUGGAACAGUUUCUGGAUCUAAAGAGGCAUUUGAACACAUUUUGUUUUAGUUUAUUACAGACAAUGAGCUUGUAAACUGAAACAAGCCAGAGAAACCAUUUAAAACCAAAUCUGCUUUCAAAAUUGGCUCCUACAGUACAUACUUUUGCAAAUGAGUCUUUCUGGAGAUUGCAAACUCACCAGUGUUGAUUGUGAGUAAAACAGUAAUAAUCUAUCCAAGGUGAGACUGUGCUGUGACUAAUAAGUGUGUGUAGUUCCUGUAACACGGUUUGCAAUAAAAUAAGUGA